GGUAUGUUGAAAUGUUACCUACCUCUCGAAACUGACAUACUAGCAUUUAUUUUUUAUUGCUUUACUUGGGUGGCUUUUCAGAGAGACACCUAAAGCCACUUGUUUAAAAGGCAUUUAAAAGUUUGAAGUGGUGGAAGUAAGCAUUACUUACCUGAGCCAGCCGCUGAGAGCAGAGGACUCGUGCCAUCAUGGACUUCACCACUGGAAUAGCGAACCUCACAAGGACUAACCUUACAGUCUGUCAUCCCAAUGCGUCAGUCUGUGAAGGUGCCUCUUGUGUGGCCUCCCAGGAAAAUGUCAAUGCCCUUCUCAGCAUAGUCCUGAGUAUUGUUUUGACCAUCCUGCUGGCCUUGGUUAUGUUCUCCAUGGGCUGCAACGUGGAAAUCCAGAAAUUCAUAGGGCACAUAAAGCGGCCGUGGGGCAUACUGAUUGGCUUCCUCUGUCAGUUUGGAAUCAUGCCUCUCACCGGCUUUCUCCUGUCAUUGAUCUUUGGCAUCCUCCCUGUCCAGGCUGUGGUGGUGAUCAUCAUGGGCUGCUGUCCUGGAGGAUCAUCCUCCAAUGUCCUGGCCUAUUGGGUAGAUGGUGACAUGGACCUAAGCGUCAGCAUGACCACGUGCUCCACACUGCUUGCCCUGGGGAUGAUGCCACUCUGCCUGUACAUCUACACCAAAAUGUGGGUCGACUCUGGCAGCAUUGUUAUUCCCUUUGAUAGCCUAGGUAUUUCUUUGGUCGCUCUUGUUAUUCCCGUUUCCUUUGGAAUCUAUGUUAAUCACAAAUGGCCCCAGAAGGCAAAGAUCAUACUUAAAGUCGGGUCCAUCGCAGGUGCAGUUCUCAUCGUGCUUGUGGCUGUAGUUGGAGGUCUGUUGUACCAAAGCGCCUGGAUAAUCGAUCCCAAACUGUGGGUGAUAGGCUUGCUCUACCCCAUUGCUGGUUACGUCCUGGGAUUUUUUCUGGCUAGAAUAGCCGGUCUGCCCUGGUACAGGUGCCGGACAGUGGCUCUGGAAACCGGGAUGCAGAACAGCCAGCUGUGCUCCACCAUCGUGCAGCUUUCCUUCAGCCCUGAGGAACUCAACGUGGUGUUCACCUUCCCGCUGCUCUACAGCAUCUUCCAGCUCGCCUUUGCAGCAAUACUGCUGGGAGUCUAUUUUGCAUACAGGAAAUGUCAGAGGAAAAAUGAUAAGAACCUUCCAGAGGAUAAAGACAACAAAACCCAGUCCGAGUCAUCCUCUCCCAAGACAAAUGAAGCAUUUCAACCAGACUCCUAAAAGGUACACACAAAGAAGGCACAAAAGAAAACUGCUAGAGAACAUUCUCAAACUAGAAGUAUGGUGAAUUACUUGUUUUGGUGGGAAAUCUGACAGGAAGAAGUUCAAGUGCAAAUGUGAACUGAGUACGCAUUGGUUUUGGUACAAAGGGACUUAUGGUCCAAUUAGUUAAUGGGUCAAAUACUAUUUGAUACACAUAUAUACACAAACGCUUCAUUUAUAUGUGCAUAAACAUACACAAAUAGAUACAGAUAUCUGUUAGUAGCUAAAUCCACAGAUACCCCAAGUUUCAAGUUCAUUCCAAGAAGGUUUUUCCCAAGUGUUUUUAUGUAUUCCCCAUGACCUUUAAAUCAUCUCUUUACGACUUAUUUUCUUUAAUUUUUUAUUUUUUAAAACAUAAUAAAACCCAACACAACAAAACAGAAAAAUCCAAUCACAAUAAAAUGGUGAAAUAGGUACAGAAUCUCAAAGCAGGAUACUAGGAAAACAACAAUGACUACCACAGUGUAUCUUGUUAUCUUCACAAUAGCUGUCCAUUCCAUCAGGCACAGCAAAAUCAAACCAAAACAAAAUCAAAUAAAAACAAUUAAAACAGAAUAUUGAAUAAAGCACAACAGUUCAUUGGAACAAAGCAAAACAGGAGGACAGUAUUUGAUCUCAAAAAUAAGACAGAAGGAAAUCCCUCAUAUUUGGUAUAUUGCACACUGUCAUCCUCCCAAUAGAUGCUCAGACCACUGGCCCCAGGCCUGCGAAGUCAACCAAAUAAAACAAGCAUUCAGUUGCUUUUUGUAGCUCAGUUGCUAUCAACUCAGCCUGUUCUCCAAACCAGCAGGUUGACUGGGGCAGGGGAGUUGGUGAUUCUCAGCCCAGAAAGGCUUCCCAGAAAGGCUGGCAUGUUGGCUUGUUGGUUGGCUCUUCCCAGUCCCAACAUACCAAACACAAUAUAAAUACCUUAUAUGUGUUAUAAAUAGCUAUUAUAUUAUAUUGUGUAGGAAAUAAAGACAAGAAAACAAUCUGCAUAUGUUCAGUACAGACCCAAUGUUUAUUCAGGUAUUUUUAACCUGCAGCUGUUGGUAACAUCUGUAGAUAUGGAACCUAUAGACAAGGAGGGCCAGCCAUAGACUGCAUAUGCACUGUCAGUAUCAUCUCCCAACACUACCUGUAGGUCUACCAUGACAUGGGAAACACUGAGACCUUCACAGAGACCUUCAUAGCACCUAGACUGAAUUCUAAUGCAGGAUCUUAGGACCCAGAAACAAGCACUUUUUGUAUGUUAAGAUAGAUAUAAUAAAUUAUUACUGUAAAAUGAUCAAGAGUUUCUUCAGUAUUUAUGAUUGCAAAAAGAUUGACAUGAAUGCCUUUUGCUGACACUUUAAUCAUUGUUUUGAAAACUUUGUAACAUAUUUAUAUAUAGAUACAUAGAUAUACAUGUAUAUAUAAAUAUAUAAUAUAUGUAAAUAUAUAUCUAUAUAUAAGUAUAUAUAUAUCUUUAUAGCAUAAUAUGUGCAAAUAUUUGACUUCUUGUACAAAACAAUAGAUUCCUCUAUCUACUAUGUAAAAUACCAUUGAGAGAAGCAGUGCUAACUAAAAUUCAGUAAUCAAAUUAAAACCAGGUUCUUAAUUCAUCAAGGAUAUUGUACACCUGUUGUGCUAUCUCCAGUGUCCACUAAUUCUCACUAGAUCUUUCAAGGAAAAAAUAAAUUAUUUCUAACAAUCUGAGUUUAGCAAAUAACUCUCAAACCUGAGAGAGGGACUUCCUCAAGUUUUAUCUGUGUGAAACAGAUCCUGAUUGGCUAAUAUGACAGCUAUUCAGUUCAUCUGAGGCACCCACAGCAGGUGUCCUGCAGGCAGGGGGCAGGAGGGACAAAGCCAGUAGCAGGACAAUGAGAAAUACUCUAGGGUAUGAAUUAAUACAAUAGGAGAUAAUGGGAAGACAUAGGAAAGCACAAAUAACUGAAAUAUAGUUGAAUUAUUAAACAUAGUCAAUUUGUGUAUAGCAGGAAAUAAUAUUUUAAAAAAUCAAAUCUAGAAGAGCUCAGAGUGUUAAACAGUAUUGGAGAAGAGGACACAUCUGGGCGAGAAAUAGAAAGAGCAUUUCUAAGAGAGUCUGUAGAUGCCCGGGAGCAGCUGUCAUCAGUGGAAGUAAGUAGGUUGUGAUAAACAGAAGCACCAAUUCAGGGAUGCCCAGGAGAAACUAUCAGUCAUAUGCUGCCCUCUCAAUUAUGAGAUCUAAUUUAAUUUCCUUUCCCUCGUUCUGCAGAAAGGUGUGUGCACAUUCCUUACUCAGCCUAGGGGUUUCUGCCCAUAUUCAUUGCCUCAUAGGUUCCCUUCAAAUGUUUUCACUUCAAAAGACUGCAUUUGAGUGAUCCAAGUUCAAAACCUAAUGGUGCAUAGGAAGAUUACAGGAGCAGAAGCUCAAUUUGUCUCUUCCAGUAGAGGGAUGAGGGUUUCUGCUAUUAGAAGAACAUUUAUAUCAUUUUAUAAAUUUAUUUAUAAAAUGAACAUUUAUAUCAUUUUAUAAAUUUAUAUCAUUUAUAUCAUUAUAUAAUUGUAAGUGUUCACACUUACAAUUGAAAAAUGAUCCUUUAUUUUUCCAACAUUACACCAAUAUACUGAUCAUGAACUAAAGAUAUUUUUAAGGGAUAGUGGAAGAAAGAGGGUAGAAAUUUUCUCCAUGGAGAAUCCCAAUGGCCUCCAAGAGUACCAAAGGCAGACUUUUAGUCUAAUUGUUAAGUACCUCCUACACUUUCCUCAUCAAACAGAAAAUAGACAGAUGCGCUAAAGACAUGCUGUGAAUUCGUAUCAAAAUUUCAACUCAGCCAAAGUCAAGGGCCUGAUCCCUGCAGCUGCAGCAGCAUGCUUGGUAUUCCUCCCCAUUGAGAUAUGCGAGACAGAACUUGGCUUUCUUACAUGAUGUGGUGCCUUGCUAGCUGUGGUUUUUUCCCCCUGAUGUGCUAAAGGAAAGAAAUAUACCUAGGCUUUCUAAAAUGACAGCUCUCCACUUUAAAAUGAGUUUGAAAAACUGAUUAAAUUAUGUAUUUUAUUGCCUUUGUAAUUAUCGCAUUAAAUGAAUAUUUUAUUUUAAAAGCUUGAAUAAAUGAAAAUAAAUUUUUUGCAA